GAACGACGUCCAUCUUGGUUGACGCGCUGACCUACGUCAGCGCUUGUGUCCUUGCAGUUUGUGAAGAUGCUGAGGAGGCCAAUCGAAUCGCCCUCUGCGGAUUACGUAUUCGAGACCGGCUCUACGGGUGCAACCACCCUGAUGGACGGCCUCAACCUGGAUGAGAAUGCAAAUGAUGGGUGGUGCUUCACUGGCCCUACUGGCUCCGUUACUGCCAGCAGUGGCACGCCCUCCAUCAUCAAGUGCUUGUCUCCAGAUGACCCUGGCUACCCCGGCGGUGCUGGCUACUUGUCGUCCAAGCCUCACGUCCAUGCCACCAACACCUCGGAGGUGACUGAGCCUUACUUCUACAGCCCUGGCACGGCCGGUGGACCGCCCGACCCGCCAAGCCCCCCUCAGGAGCCGCCGCGUGUGCCGUACAUCGUCGCACCCACGCCCAAGGCCAGCGCGCCCACUGCGUCGCCCUACCACACCCGCCUGGCCAAGUCCAAGGAGGCGCUGGCUAAGGGUCAGGAGGGCUCGGGUUUGACCAUCAUGCGCAUUACAUUGGACAACAACGCCAUGUUGGUGGACCGCUGCCUUGCCGGCAACGAGCAGUUCAACAACAUCCGUGCGGCCUGGAACAGCAACAGCAACUGGCCUUCCGCUGAGGACGUGCUGAUGGCCUCCAACGAGAACAAGUGCAAGCUGUGGAGCUUUGAGAAGGUGGUGACCGAUGAGGACUUGCGGCUGGCGCACAACGUCCAGGUUUCCGAGCUGGCCGGCCAGAAGGUUGGCGGUGACAAGUACCUGUUCAUCAACAAGAGCACGAAACAGCCCGUGGUUGUCUACCGCCCUCGUGGAGACUUCGCCCAGAUCAAGACCGCCCUGCUUGACAACAGCACCUUCCACAAGGACCACGGCAUAAUCAUCCUGGAGCAGGGCUUCCGGAUUCCGCCCGAGGCCUACAACACGAUCGGCGCCCUGGCUGCGGACACUGAGAAGCACAAGCUCAUUUACUCGUACAACAACUUGGGCGAGUAUGCAUCAGCCAGCGCUGCUGCCAUGCGCCUGAAGCCCAGCAACACUGUUAGCGGAGUGCAACACUGUGCUGCGGCUCUGCCAGGUGCCCAGCGUGCUGCGGGCGCUGCCCCUGGGCACCACCCUGCCGCUGCCGAAGCACGUGUGCGACGGCACUGAGGUGCUGGACUGUGACCUGUGCAGUGGGGACAAGAAGCCAAGCGAGAUUGGCGCCAUGUUCUUCAUGGUUGGCAACAGCCAGCUGGUCUCCACUCCGGCGGGCUACUGGUGCAAGGAGUCGUUGCUGUGCCCAGAUCUGGACGUGCGCUUCCUGUGCUGGAAGUGCUUUGGUCAGAUCUCGAAGCACGUGGGCUCCGAGGUGCCGCAGGGGCUGCUGGUGAAGCUGUCUGGCCUGGCCCUGGUGCAGGUGAUGAAGUAAAUAGUAGAGACGGGGGUAUGUGGCCUAUUUGUUGUGGCCCAUGGUCAGGCCAAUCCGUUUAUGUGCAUGGACACUACAUAGAGAGACAGUAUGGUUGGACCUGAAGGUGUGCAGAAGUAAGUGGGAGCAGAAGCUCUGCAGUGUGGAUGUGGUUGCAUUGGGACAUUGCUGGCGAUUUAAUGACAAGUAGGAUUUGAUACUUUAUGUGUGCAGUGUCUACGUACACGGUGGGCCUGCCCCUUGCUUGGGGGUGUUGCCAAGGUCCAGCUCGGGUUACCUGCCAUGGGCAGGGUGGUGCCUGAUAUAGAACGUGUAUGGGGGGGUUGCUUUGAGUUCGGGGAUUCUGAAGUUACUGAGUUUACAGAGGCGGGGUGGGCCUGGGUGGGCAUGAUUGCGCAGGUGUCUAACGUUGCGCAAGGGUGCCGCAGCUCCAAACGACACGGACUGUUGGUUCCAGAUUUCACGGAUGUAACAUACGUUUACUG